CUGUAACAUUAGCAUGAGAGGUUCAGAGCAACUUUAAGAAACAUGGGGCUGGGUUUCAGAGGUUUACAGAAUAAAAGAGGUUCAGAGCAGAAUAGUCAGAAAGAGAUGCAGGGUUAGCUUUCAUGCUGUUAGCUAGAUAACUGCGGUAAGAUUCGUUUACACUUGUCUGCAGCUCUUUAGAUCCCUCACCCCGUUGUAGUCCAGUAUUUCAGUCCCAGGACUUUGGAACAACAGACAGGGGAAACUAAACAGCGCAGUUAUAAGUUAUAUAACAAUUCAAAAGUUAAAAUGUUUCAGUUCUCAAUUCAUUAUCUGAUGAAUAGUUUACAUUCUUAGUUGUGAUGAGGUGUACCCACUUUCCUCUUCCCCCACAACCUCUUUCUCACAGCGCUUUGAGCAUCUUAUUAAUGGAAAGGUUUUUUAAUGCAAUAUAUUAUAAUAACUCCAAUGCUGCCUUUUUCUUUGUUACUUUUCUCAGGUUAAUGCAGAAUUCAUGCGGAUCACAACUAUGCCUCUACAAACCAAGUUCAUGGCACAACUUGACAGAUACUCCGCUGACCUAACCAAGCUCUUCAGCAAGAGAGGCGGGACUGCUGGAAAGAAGAUUAGACGCAUCAUGGAGAGGACGCCUCAGUGUGAUGACAUAAACUCCAGACAAGAACGUGUCCUAAGAAGCCUCUGUGUCUACCUCAAUGAGGAUGAUGAAACUCUCAUCAAGGAAUACAUGAACCGCAACUUGGAAGAAGCGGACAGGGAGUCGGCCACCAUGGGACUUCAUGUCGUUCGGAAAGAGGGUGCUGAUGCAGGGGAAGAGCCUGAGCAUGUCGGAGUGGUGAUCGAGGGUGUGGAGCUGCUGAGCAACCUGGGAAGCGUUUCUUUUGGAUUUUCCAUGCUUUUUGGACUGAUUUACUGUCUCAACAUGAGCUACCCACAAGGGCUCAAAUUCACAUUUGAGUUCCUCCAGAAGGUGCUGAUGAACUUGGAUGGCAACAAUCUUUCUCCUAAGGUUCAAGCACUUAAAAUUAAGAUGCUCCAGUAAACUCACUUAUAGGUCUGAAGGCCUCAUGUUUUGUUUUACAUUUUAUUUUAGAUCUUAAAGAGGAUUGUCUUUUUCUCUCUCCCCACUUAAGGAACCAAAACAAACUUUAAUUUGUAUUGACAUUUGCUCAUUAACAAUAUUAUUUGUGUUAGAUAGUGGUAUAUUCAGACAAAUCUUGUUCAUGGGUCAAGAUCAUUCCCUUUCACUGAUGCCUGGUGCUAAUGUUCGGUGGUCAAUAUUAUUCCCUCACUGAGGCCUGCCAUUUAUUCCAGAAACUUCCAAAUUGUGUUCAUUUAAGUGGUAUGGCGAGGCAAAAAAAACCUGAAGAGUUGUGAUGUUAAUAAAUGUUUAAUAAAUAAAUGUUUGACUUUAA